CUACAUAUGGUACACUCCACACACAUGGUAAAGGUCGUGCACAUGGUGUACCUGUUCAUAUUGUAGUUCUUGUUAUAUUUCCAUGGAAACUCACUGGAGGCAGGGGCCCAUCAAUGAGGAACAAACAUCCGGAUUCACCUGUUGUUUAAAAAAGGUCUCAGGAUCAGAUUUAAGUUUCUACUGAAACAUCAAAGACUUAAUUCCACUGAUCAGGCUGAACUCUCUCUCUCACACACACAUACACACACCUCAUGGAGCUCCGCCUCCAUCCCUGCUUCUGAAGGGUUCUCUUCAGAAGCAGCUUCAGUCGACAGGAAGCAGAUGUUUAUCACACAGGGUUCUUCUCUGCAGGUUCCAGGAAAGAGGAUAUGAGGAGGACAAACAUUGAGAGCUGCUGAUCAGGAUGUCAGGUAACUGGUCCGUUGUGCAGCUGUUAUCACCGGCUCUGCCCACCACCCUCACACCUUCGCCCCUUCUCAACGCCUCCGGGUUCCCCCCUCUCACGGACUGGGAGGCUCCCAGUUUCACCCGGGCGGCCCAGUUCCGCGUGGGCGCCACCUUCGUCCUUUUCAUGUUUGCCGCCUGCAGCAACCUCGCCCUAUUAGCCAGUGUAUGGUGGGGGCGUGGCCGGCGGCUAUCCUCUCACCUGCGGCCGCUUAUGCUGAGCCUAGCGUCGGCCGACCUUAUAAUGACCUUUGUGGUGAUGCCUCUGGAUGCGGUGUGGAACAUGACGGUGCAGUGGUAUGGAGGAGACGCCCUCUGCCGGCUGCUGUGCUUCCUGAAGCUCUUCGCCAUGCACGCCUCCGCCUUCGUCCUCGUGGUUGUCAGCCUUGAUCGCCACCACGCCAUCCUGCACCCGCUGGACGCCCUGAGCGCGCACCGCCGCAACCGAGUCAUGCUGGUGCUGGCCUGGAGCCUGAGCCUGCUGCUGGCAUCGCCUCAGCUCGUCAUCUUCCGGGCCAUCAGAGUGGAGGCUGUGGACUUCACUCAGUGUGCAACUCAUGGGAGCUUCAGCCGCCGCUGGCAGGAGACAGUCUACAACAUGUUCCACUUCACCACCCUGUACGUGGUCCCCCUGCUGGUGAUGAGCUGCUGCUACAGCCGCAUUCUGCUGCACAUCCACCUGCAGCACAUGAGGGAGAAAGCAGGCGAGUCGUACCUGCGGCGCAGCGGCACUGGCAUCAUUCCGAAGGCCCGGUUGAAGACCCUAAAGAUGACGGUGGUCAUCGUGCUGUCCUUCGUGGUGUGCUGGACGCCGUACUACCUGCUGGGGCUGUGGUACUGGUUCCAGCCAGCCAUGCUGCGCCUCACACCUGAGUACGUGCAUCAUGGCCUCUUUGUCUUUGGCAACCUGAACACCUGCUGCGACCCCGUCAUCUACGGCUUCUACACGCCCUCCUUCAGGGCCGACCUCGCUGCCUGCUGCCGCCGGACCAGGGGCGCCCCCAUGGCGGUCCACCUGCGGACCUCGCCACCGGAACCAGGGCGUUAGAUUGACGCCAACCAAUGAGAGGAUGCGGAGAUGAUAAUGUCACGGGUCUGUAUGCGUCACAGCCAGGGCUGCAUCGGAGUUGUCAAAUGUUCAAAUUGUUUGAAUUCUCUAUUGCUAAGAAAAGGUGCUUCAAUGCUUCCUUACUGAGCUCCUUAAGGAACCAAUGGACCAUAUUUUUCUAAAGGAAAGGAGAUAUUUCCGUCCUGCCAUUCCCUGCGGUAGCCAUAUUUAAAUAGUGACGUAUCAUUGGGCCAAUCACGAGAACGAUCAUGGCGUAGACGCUUAGAUCAUGUGAGUAACCGU